AUGUUACUUCCAAAUACAGAAAAAAAAACGGAAAAGUUUUUUAGAACUAGUUUAAUGCCAGCUACCUAUGACAGAGUUUGGAAAAAAGUAUCAAAUUCAGUUUCUAAAGCCGAAUGGAUAUGCUUUACGUCAGAUAUUUGGAGCAAUCCUGCUAAAACCUGUUCUCUUUUGAGUUUUACAGCUCACUUUGUUCAUGGUUCAAAACGUCUUAAAGUUAUAUUAGGCGCUAGUGUGCUUAAUGAUGACUACACUAGUAUGUUUAUUGCAAGUAAACUUAAUGAAAUAAUUAAAAAUUUUAAAAUAGAAAACAAAAUUCAUAUAGCUGUAACUGAUAACGCAGCAAAUAUGGUCGCGGCUAUUCGUAUUACACAAUUUACAUCUCUAAGAUGUGUGGUUCACUCAUUACAACUUGUAAUUCAUGAUUCUUUAUUAACACAGGAAUUAAUUGAAAACACAAUUAAAAAAUGUCGUAAAAUUGUGGGACAUUUUAAAAGGAGUGAACAAGCGUGCAGGGAAAAAGGUGGCAGGGAGAGGACGCACUCUCUUACUGAUAGCCUUGAUUUACCUAAGACCUCGGGGGCUAAGCGGAAACUUAGCUCGCCGAACCUAGAUACUAAACUAUAUAAAAAAAAGGAGAGUUCGGAAUACCUAUCCUUAAUCGAAAGCAUAGAGAUGCAAGAAAAACUGACCGAAGACCUCUACAAAUUAAUUGGGGAGGUACCUAACACUAAUAAUAAAAUAAAAGAUGUUGCCCAAAGACUAAAGAAGAAUGUAGCAACCUAUAAAAGGGAAUCCAUUAGAAAGUGGUUGGAAAACUACAGAUUUGAAGCGACAGAAAAGAUGCUCAUUGAUUCGGAAGUACAGACUGAACCAUGCGCGGCCGACACGACGUGUCAAAUGACUAGCAAAAUAAUACAGACAGACCCAAGUCCGGCUGAGGGGAUCACUACAAGUAAACCCCUAACUGCUGAGAUUUCAACGCAGACUGACCCUUGGCAUGGACCGGGUGUCAAGUCUGUUUUGAAAUCGAUAGACCAUAUAGAUUCUCCCGAAACCUGGAAUAAAUAUAAAGACUGGGAAUGGCCCGAGAGCCUUUUCAAGAGAUCCACUGUCGUAGUCGGAAACCCUGUUAACGCCCCAGAUACCCUCACUAAGGUGGUCAUGGUUGAGCCCUCCGAUCCAAAGAUGGAGAGAAGUGUUCAACGUUUAUAUAGAGAUCGGUACCCUGAACUAGAACAACUGGACGAAGAUUUUGACGUCCUCGAAAGUAGGACUUCCUUCCGGUCCAAGGUUUCAGCGGAUCUGGUCAGGAAGGUAAUCAAGGUUAAGAACGCGGCAGAUGAACAGACACUCUGGGACAAGAUGGUCCAAAUUAAGGAUGAGAUAGGUAAUGCAGGCAAAGUGGCGCUCCAUCAUGUGAGCUUUCUUUCGGUCCAAGACCUGAAGAAGAUGUGCGUGUACAUCUUCCAACAUACAAACACAACAGCGUACGUUUAUACCACUGCUACAUCUUUUAGUCGGCCUACAUACGGCAUGAUUGUAUCAAAAAAGGACACAACAUAUAAAGAUCUUCUUACCACAGUCAAGACUGCUGUGAAAGUGGCGGGUGCCACAGAUGUCAUUCGUACCCUUAGGAGCACAAAAGAUGGAAAACUGCUCAUCACCAUGGAUAAGGACCAGGGUGCUCUGAAGCAAAUUAAAGAUGCUCUAACGGACAAAAAUAAGGGCAUGACCACCCUGCAGCUGGGUGUGGAGAGGCUGAUGACUAUCCAUGUCAAAGGAAUGGAGCUAGACAACAGAGAAGAUCAGCUAAGAGAAGCUAUUAUGGCGCAGACUGGUUCAUGGGAUGAAUCCUGGAAGGUCUCAGAAAUGAGACCUUUCAGAGGCGAUACGCGGGUAGCCUCAGUUAUAUUGUCUAAGGCAGCUGCGGAAAUUCUCCUCCAGAGAGAGUACCUGCGAGUCGGCAUGGUACGCUGCAAAUUAGAAAAACGGCUGAGGGUGUCUAGAUGUCUCAGGUGUUGGUCCUACGAUCACACCCUAGAUAACUGUAACGGGCCGGACAGGAGUGGGUCCUGUUUUAACUGCGGUAAAACGGGACACGAAUCUAAAUCAUAUCAGUCGACGGCUAGUUGCGUCCUCUGUGAUGCACCUCACAGAUGUGGCACCACGAACUGCCCUAAGUUCAGGACUGCACUUCAAAUAGUUCGGAAUUCUGAGAAGAAUCAAGUCCAAGCACCACGAGCGAAACCUUCAGGGAAUCAACCAACUUGUCAAACCCAGGACAACGAAGCGACUGAAGGAAAUGAUACCGACGACGAAGAUUCGGAUUGUUUUAAGUUAUUUAGAAUUCGAAUUAAGCACAUUUUAAAAAAAUUAAAUAUGAUAAAAUGUAAUAUGACAUUAUGUGGAGAAUUUAUUAGAAAAUCAAAUCAAGGUGAUAUUAACCAAUUUAAAUAUUUUAAUACCAAGAAUGAAGCCAUAGACGCAGGAACAGACUUGGUUUUAUGGUUUCACACAAACAUAAUCGAUAAAUUAAUGUCUAAGCUAUCGGAAUUUGAAGAAAAGGGAUCAGGGUGGGCUUUGAAAAAAAUUGUUUCUUUAGAAGUCAAUAUUAACAAAUAUGAAGUGGGAAAUGGGGCAGCAUCCUUCAUUAAAUUACCAAUAGAGAUUCAGAAAAAACAUGCCUGCAUAAAUAUCAACAAUGAUGAUGAAGCGUGCUUCUUUUGGAGUGUCGUUUCGGCGAUUUAUCCAGCUAAAUGCAAUUCAGAACGUACUUCUUCGUAUCCACAUUAUGCGACUGUCUUAAAUAUCGAUGGACUAGAGACACCUAUGACUAUAAAGGGUAUUUCAAAAUUUGAAAAGUUAAAUAAUAUUUCUGUAAACGUUUACGGGUUAGAAAUGAAUGUUGCUAAAGAGAAAACAUUUUACGUAACAACUCCGGUAAGGCUAUGCAAAACCAAAUUAACUAAACAUGUAAAUUUAUUGAUUGUACAAGAUAAAUAUUUUCCAAAAUUGAAUGAUUAUGAAGCACCUAUGGCUCACGAUGAAACUGUAGAAAUUAAGUAUCAUUAUUGUAUGAUUAAAGAUAUGUCUCGACUUAUGUCCAGUCAGUUAAGUAAGAACCAUAAUAAAAAAUUUUUAUGUGAUAGAUGUUUGAAUUAUUUUAGUAAUUUUGACAGAUUAAAUGAUCAUGCAAAAUAUUGUGAGAAAAUCAAUGAAUGUAAAGUUUCUUUUCCAUCAUAUCAGAAUGUUGAAUUUAAAAAUCAUAUUUAUAAACAAACGACUCCUUUUGUAGUCUAUGCUGAUUUUGAAUCAAUGUUGCACAAAGUUAAAAACAGUCCAUUAAAAUGCAAAACAAUUAAGUAUCAGCAGCAUAAAGCCUUUAGUGCGGGUUAUUACGUAAAAUGCUCGUACGAUGAAUCUCUGUCGUUUUACCGAAGUUACGCAGGUGAAGAUUGCAUGGAGUGGUUUGCCAAGGAAAUGACGUUGUUGGCGGCAUUUGUGCAAGGAAAAAUUAAAGAUAUUGUACCUAUGAAUGUCACACCCAGUUUUAAUGCAUCUAAUUGUCACAUUUGCGAAAAAACGUUUUCAGAUAAGGAUGUAAUUGUUCGUGAUCAUGAUCAUUUUACCGGAGAUUUUCGAGGAUUCGCACACCAAGUGUGUAACUUAAAUUUCAAAAAACUUUUCGUUGUUCCAAUUUUUUUUCAUAAUCUUAGCGGUUACGAUUCGCAUAUGAUGAUUAGAGAUCUAGCGAAAAAGGGGAGUAUCAGCCUACUACCAAUAAACAAGGAAAAAUAUAUUUCAUUUACAAUAAACGAUUCUGAAUCCAGCAUUAGGUUGAGGUUCGUUGAUUCACUGAGAUUUUUAAAUUCAUCAUUGGACAAGUUGGCUACCACAUUGCAACCUGAGGAUUUAAGAUUUUUAGCUAGCGAAUUUCCAAAUACCACUCCUGAACAAAUGGAAUUAUUGAAAAGAAAAGGCAUAUUCCCAUACGAAUAUAUUGAUUCAUUCAAUAAAUUGAAUGAAACGCAACUACCAUCAAUUGAUAAAUUUUACAGCUCAUUAUCGGGUGAACACAUCUCCAAAAAUAUGUAUCAUGAUGCUCAGAAUGUUUGGCAGUCAUUCGGUAUUAAAAAUAUUUUGGAAUAUAGUAUGUUGUACAUGAAAACUGAUAUUAUGUUAUUGACUUGCAUUUUUGAAAAUUUUCGACAAAAAUGUCGAGGUACAUACGGUCUUGAUCCCGCCUGGUACUAUACCAUGCCUGGAUUUUCAUGGGAUGCAAUGCUAAAGUAUACUGGAUGUAAACUUGAACUACUGAAUGAUAUCGAUAAAAUCAUGUUUAUUGAGAAAGCUAUCCGAGGUGGCAUAAGUCAAGUAAGUAAUCGAUACUCUGAAGCUAAUAACAAAUACAUGCCAUCUUACGAUUCCUCAAAGCCCAGCAAAUAUUUGCUAUAUUUAGAUGUGAAUAAUUUAUAUGGUUGGGCAAUGUCUCAAUAUCUUCCGUAUGGUGGUUUCGAGUGGGUUGAUACUAAUAUUGAUGUCUUGUCUAUUCCUGACGAUGCUUCAGAAGGGUACAUACUACAAGUGGAUUUGGAAUACCCAGAACACUUGCACGACUUACAUCGAGAUUUACCGUUUUGUUGCGAACAUCGUGUUCCACCAAAAAGUAAGCUUCCAAAACUUAUGACCACCUUGUACCAUAAAAAAGAGUACACCUUGCACUAUCGCAAUCUAAAACAAGCUCUGAAUGCAGGACUCAAACUAACAAAAAUCCAUAAAGUGUUGAAAUUCAAACAGAGCGCUUGGCUUAAGCCAUAUAUCGAUCUUAAUACAAAAUUGCGAACUGCAGCAACAACGGCAUUUGAGAAAGAUCUUUUUAAGUUGGCCAACAACGCCAUUUUCGGUAAAACGAUGGAGAACAUUAGGAAACAUCGCAUUGUAAAACUUGUAUCAAAAUGGGAUGGAAGAUAUGGAGCCAAAAAUUUGAUUGCUAGUCCACGAUUUCAUAAUAGAACCGUGUUUGACGAAAAUUUAAUGGCGAUUGAACUUAACAAAACAGAGCUCAUUUUCAACAAACCAUUGUACAUCGGCAUGUCAAUUUUAGAUAUAUCCAAAGUGUGUAUGUACGAUUUUCAUUAUAACUUUAUGCUACCAUAUAUGGGAGUUGAAAAUUGUAAGCUAAUGUAUGGGGACACUGACAGUUUUAUCUAUGAAUUAAAAUGUGAUGACGUUUACAGAGAUGUUAUUAAAGCAAAUUUAUCUAAAUUCGAUACAUCAGACUAUUCCGAGAAUAAUAUUUAUGGAAUACCUCAAGUCAACAAAAAAGUUCUCGGAAUGAUGAAAGAUGAGGCAAACGGUCGCAUUAUGACUCAUUUUGUCGGACUUAGAUCUAAAAUGUAUUCGUUUAAGAUUAGUACGACGGAUGAGGAUCGAAAGGCAUUGUUGGAUAAAUACAAGAAUAAUAUGGAUGAUGCUAAUAUUGAAAGACUUGCAAAUAAUUUAGGUGUCGCAAAAAAAUCUAAGGGGGUAAAAUAUUCAACUGUAAAAAAUGACAUUACUUUCGAUGAUUAUGUUAAGUGUUUAAACGAAUUUACAACUAAAAGUGUGAACAAAAUGCCCAGAUUAAAGUCCUUUAAUAAAAGAUGUACCAAGCGUAGUCGCGCAUUGAAGGGAAUUUCAAUAGUAGGUUGUGGUUCUACAAGUGACAAAGAGAACAAAGAAGCAGUGCAAUCAACCUCAUCCGAUUUACAUGAGUUCAGCUUUAUUUCUUCAGAAGAAUAUGAAAGCAUUAACAAUCAUCCCCUGGAAAUUAAAAAAGAACCAGUAAAACAAACAUAUCUUAAUGGACACCGAAUUGUUGACUUACAUUAUGUACUACAGUGGGCUUUAAACUUACAGUUUGCUCAUUCGAAAGUUUGUACGAUGGGAAAUCUACAGAUAAUUGAUGAAAAACAUAAAGGUUUAGUUUCAACAGUGGUACUACUAUGCAACAUGUGUGGCUAUAAGACUGAAAAGUCAACAGAAAACCCUUGUGAGCAGUCAACUAUUAAUUAUGGAGCUGUUUGGGGCACAUUAUCAACAGGUGGUACAUAUGCACAGUUAACAGGAUUGUUAGAUAUUCCUUCCAUGUCUUAUCGAUUGUUCCAUAAUAUUGAAAUUGAACUUGGGGAUAAGUGGAUAGAAGGAUUAUGGAAGUCCAUGGAAGAAGCUGGUAUAAAGGAAAGAGAAUUGGCUAUAGCAGAAGGGCAACUAGAUUCUGAUGGCAUACCAUGGACUACUGUGUAUUGUGACGGAGGUUGGAGUCACAGAUCUUAUGGACAUAGCUAUAAUGCAUCAUCUGGCGUUGCAGUUAUUAUUGGAAAAUUUACUAAAAAAUUAUUAUAUGUGGGAGUUAGAAAUAAGUAUUGUUCAUUGUGUGCCCGUUAUGAAUCUAAAAACGAGCCUGUACCUCUUCACAUUUGUUAUAAAAACUGGCAAGGCUCAUCUACAGCAAUGGAGACAUCUAUAAUAGUUGAAGGAUUUAAACAAAGCCAGGCAUGUUAA